UUCCUGGGAAGGUAAACAAAUUUUGCAUCGGAGGAGAGCCCAGUUCCAUCUCUUCUGCUUUCUCUCUCCUCUCUAAAAUCACACACUCCCUCUAUAGUUUCUCCCUCUCUCUCUCCGGCGGAAUGGCGGCUUGUGGAAGAAAGCAGGGGUACCUGAUGGCGUCGAAUUUGAUAAAAACCCUAACUGGAUCUUCCAACUUCGCUUCAAACUCGAGGGGUCUCAGCGACAUCGUCAACACUGAGGUCGUCACCUCCCACACUGCUAAAUGGAUGCAGGAUACAAGUAAGAAAUCUCCUAUGGAGUUGAUCAAUGAAGUUCCACCCAUCAAGGUUGAAGGCAGGAUCGUUGCUUGUGAAGGAGACAACAAUCCCGCGCUGGGGCAUCCAAUUGAGUUUAUAUGCCUUGACCUGAAGGAGCCGGCUGUGUGCAAGUACUGUGGCUUACGCUAUGUUCAAGAUCAUCAUCACUAGGGUUUUAACGAUAUUUUCUGCCAGGAUAUCCAUCCACCAUAUUAUGUCCAUGGGAGAUGAUGCUUACUGGCGAAGUACCGAAUGUUUUUUCUUCGAAUAUUGUGGGUCUGUCAUCACCAAAAUAAGGAUUUUUAUACCUUCAACACUAUUCGGAUUCUAUUGUUGUGUAUCGUACAUCACCUUUAUGCCCAGACUGUUGAUCAUUAAUUCGAGGAAUGUUUUACAUUUUUAGAACUAGAAAAA